GUUUAAUUUCCUCGUCACGAAAAACACUACUGUUUGAGGAUAUGCAUGAUGCAUAAUUGACAAAAAUGGAACUUACUUUGACCGCUAUCACGUUCCUCGUCCUGUGUCAGAUAUGGGAAGCUAAACGCUGUCCUGGUCGAUGUCAGUGCUGCCUGACUGCCAACUGUAUUAAUAACGCAACCCAGGACCAGGUGUGUAUAGAUGGCUGCAAGGAUGGUUAUUAUCAACCUAGAUGCAUGUGGCCAUGUCCAGAAAACUGUCAGACUUGUCGCCAAUCUGACGGAGUGUGCCUAACAUGUAAACCGGGAUUUUACGCACCAUCUAACAAGUGUUCGAAUGCAUGUGCAUACACAAACUGCGCGUGUGUUCAAAGUAUAUGUGAUAAUUGUCUUGAUGGGUUUUACGAUAUUAGCCAACAUUGCAACUCGGCUUGUUCAAAAGGAUGCAACGAAGGAAAGUGCAAUAAUGAUGGCACAUGCAAAUGUAAGGCAAAUUUUGAAGGAAAUAAAUGUGACAAGUGCAAAAAUGGCUUAUUUGACUUAUCUACUUUUUGUUCGAAACAGUGUUCCGUAGGCUGUAAGGACAUUUGUAGCAAUGAAGGCCACUGUACGUGUCAUUUGCAAUUUUCCGGAAGCACCUGUGAAAACUGUAAACCUGGAUAUUACGGUGACAACUGCAACACGCCAUGUACAAAUGGUUGUAUCAAUGGAACGUGCAAAAGAGAUGGAUCUUGUAACUGUUCAGCCAAUUUUACCGAACGAAUGUGCGAAACCUGUGUUGCAGGACAGUUUGGAUUUUUUUGUGAUACACCUUGCGGACAAGGUUGUACAGACAAUACCUGUUACAAAGACGAUGGCACAUGUAAUUGUGAAUUCAACUACAAAGGUGCACUUUGUAAUACUUGUAAUGACGGCUAUUUCGGUAGUUUUUGCAACUCAGUUUGCCCGGAUCGCUGUUUUAAUUGCUCUACAACUGCAAAUUGCUACACGUGCAAAGAAGGUUAUUUUGGUUUAGACUGUUCACUCAACUGCUCGGCUAAUUGCGCCGGGUCAAGUUGCGGAAAAAGUAACGGCCUUUGUUUGGAUGGUUGCCUGGAUGGAUUUACAGCUGACUCUUGCAAUGAAUCUUGUGGUGGCUUUUGUAAAACAUGCUCUCAGACAAAUUCUACAUACUGCGUAUCAUGUUUCGAUGGAUUUAGCGGAUCUGGGUGUAAAUGUAUUCCAAACUGCCGAUGUGAAUUAAACAGUGAAGUGUGUAAUGAGUGUACAAAUGGAUUUGAAAUGAAAAGCAAGGAUUGCAAAUGUAACAGAAGUUAUUGUUUAAAUAGCAUGCAUUGUACAACGUGUCAAAAUAACACAUUUUAUUCUUAUAAUGGCACAUGCUGUGAGUGUAACACACAUUGUAAAAAUAAACAAUGUUCGUCAGAGGGCCACUGCUUAAAUGGCUGUGAGGACGGAUAUACCGGCGUAGAAUGUGCUGAUUUAUGUACAGAUUAUGAUGGCAACUGUACAAAAUGCAAUCAGACUGAACCUUUCUGUGUUCGAUGCCAACCCGGAUUCGCACCAAACACAGAUGGUGUAUGCACUUCAUGUUCGGGUUGUAUUAACAAAGCAUGUGAUACUGAAAGGGGUGUAUGUGACAUAGGGUGUAGACCAAAGUUUUGGACCAAUACUUGCGACAAAGAGUGUAGCUCAAACUGCAGUGUGUGUGACCAAGUAUCUGGCAUAUGCAACGAAUGCACAACAAAUACAGUUUAUGGGUUGUUUUGCAAUUUGACGUGUAGUCCAAACUGUAUAGAAUCGCAAUGCAACAGAACGACAGGUGCUUGUAAUAAUGGAUGCAUUACAAAUAUGUAUGGCCAAAAAUGUGAGUAUAAAUGUCCAGAAUCAUGUGAAGUAAGGGGCGAGAAUUCCAAAUGCGACUUUGAAGGUCAAUGCCUAUAUAAUUGCAAAGCGGGUUACCAAGGACGAUCUUGUAAUAUUGUUGACACAAAGGCAAGUAAAGUUUCAACAGCCGCAGUUGCUGGAGGCGUGGUUGGAAGUCUGAUUCUUGCUAUGACAAUUUUUUUACUCAUUGUCCAAACACUGCGGAGGGAAAAGAACAAACAACGAAACUCUUCCCAACAUGUUUAUGUUAAUGUUUCCGGCACUAGCACUUCAGCUCUUGAAAAAAACGAUGAAACGGUGUCUCAUGGUCCCUUUGUCGAGAUGGUGAAUCCAAACUACAAAUAUUCCCCCAAAAUAGAAAUAAAGACACAAACACAAGAAAAGCAAUCAGGCGAAAAGAGAAAGCUACCAGGAAGACAACCUGCAAAGUCCGUCACAAGCGCAAUGCUUGAAAUAGAUGAAAAUGAUGCUUGUGGGCGUGAUUUCGUUAACAAAGCUGAAGAUAAUGACGGUGCAUAUUACAACGAUGCAAAUGACGUUAAUACAAACAAGGUGCCGGUUGAGUCUUUGGCGCGAAGUGUAUACGGAAAGACAGACAGAGAAUUCGAGGAAGAAUUCCAGAACUUUCCAAGCGGCCUCACGAAAUCGUACCAUGCCUCGCACCUAAAAGAAAACGUCUCCAAGAACAGAUACCGGGGAAUAUAUCCAUAUGAUGAUUCAAGAGUGCGGAUCAAAGGAGGAGACUCGGAUUACAUCAAUGCCAGUUUUAUCGAUGGCUACAACAUGAAACGCGCGUAUAUUGCUACACUGGGGCCAAUGUCGAAACAGCUUGGAGAUUUUGGUAUUUUCUGGCAAAUGGUUUGGCAACAAAAGGUCGAAACAAUUGCCAUGGUUACCAAUCUGAUUGAGGACGGGAAAGCUAAAUGUGAUCAGUACUGGCCCGACCCUGGUGUCAGUAAGAUGUAUGGCGAUAUCAACGUUUCGUGCUACACGGAAAACAAAUAUACAGAGUUCACAAAGAGAGUAUUUUCAGUAUCUAAGGUCAAGUGAAAAGAAGAAAGAAUGCUGCACCACCUACACUUAACCUGUUGGCCCGAUAGAGAUGUCCCCGAUGAUGUCACCGCUAUAAUUGAAUUUAGACAGACGGUGUUGAACUCGCCGACACAGUUCAAUGGUCCACUGCUUGUUCAUUGCAGUGCCGGAGUGGGAAGAACAGGGACAUACAUUGCACUUGAUAUUUUGACCAAAGAAGGAGAGGCCGAAGGAGCUAUUGACAUUCCUGGAUGCAUCGUCAACAUGCGGCAAAACAGGCCUAACAUGAUCCAGACACUGGUUUGAUAACUAUUUCAUGAGCCAUGUUUCCUACCCUAUAUAAGAAAAACAGUACAAGGGUUGCUACUGUGACGAGCCCAAUAACAAAAACAUUAAACUCGAUCCUGUUUAAAGGCCAAACUAAAGCCAAACAAGAGACAAACCACUAGGAAACAAAACUAAUUACACAAAUGUCAAAAACAUAUCCGAAGUCAAAGGUGUGCAGGAGAAUCGGUCCGGGAUUAGAUGCAAACGUUUUACUCGAAGCAAACUUAGUCAGCAAGAAGGACUUGCUUAAUGUAUUUUGCUAUUGGUUCUUAUUGGUUUAUACUCCAAAACAGACUUAAACAUCAUUUUAAUACGUUAUCCCAUUUUGUGUAAGCAGAAGUAAACUGAACGAAACAUGCCAUUACACGUGAAGUAAACUUUAAAUAAAUUAUGAAGCAUGAUUCUCUUUUUUUCAUUUUAGAUUCAAUACAAAUACCUUUACACAUCUCUGGUUCUUUCAUUGACUCUCAGCUGUAGUCCAAUCAAAGCAAAAGACUUCCAGCAAUAUGUGACCCGUACGCGAGAUUCCGAAUUGGUGAACAUUUAUGAGGUUAAACCUCCUCAGAAACCAUGACAUUUGUUUUAAAGAAAAACGUGUUUUGAUCUGUUUUCCUUUAAUGUUUUCGUAUGUAAAAAGUAAAUGCCACUCAAGAACAAACUGUAUUACACAGUUCAUGCUUUGAAGCGCACAACAUGACAAUCAAAUCAUGAUUCACUUUCCU